UUAUUUUAAUAUUUUAUUUCCUUUAUUUUAUAAUAUGUAUUUAUUGGUUGUGAGUGUUUCGCUCACAACAACAAACAUCUCAAGAGGUUAGUUGUUUCUUUUGUACAAAACGAGACCAUAUGAAGAAAGACUGCAUUAAAUAUAAGAAAUGGAAAAGCAAUAAAGAAAAGGCAAAUGCGGUUUCCAAUGUUACGUCCGGCCGAGAUUUUCGAGCCGGCCGUCACGAUCCAGGCGAGGAUCGCGCUCUGCAACGACGCGUUGCCAGGACAACGCGUACGCCGGCAAAUUCACGCGCUUACGGUGCGGGGCCCGAGCGAUCACGCGCUGCGAGCGUGCGGGCCACUCGAUCGGCACGCACGCGCUAAUUAAAAGCGGUAAUUAUCGGUGAACUGCGCUAGAUAUCGCUAAGGCACAAAAAGGGGAGUAAUCCUCCCCCUAGCCAGCUUCCCCCUGAGGCGCCUCAAAACUGGGCAUUUGGUGGCAAUCGCGUAAAUCGCUUAAUUAACGGGACGAAGUAAUUACCCCUCUAAGAAGAAACUGGCGAACGCUCCCGCUGGCGUCGACGUAGCCAUGCUCGCGCGAGACCGUUCGCAGUAAGAUAUUAGGGGCCCAACGCCCUUAAUUAAUUGAUAACGAAUUAAAAGAGAUUGAACGCGAAGGAGCACGCUGCCAGAAUCUCGCCAUUCUAACUCCACUCAUAAAAACCCGAAUAAGGAAUGCAAGCGAUUGCAAAGAGCGUGCGAUAGUCACACACCCCGCGACCAAAAAUUAUGAUGAGGAACUUCAUCUGGUGACCAUAGAGCCGUAUGCGGUAAUUCAUUAAUUGCCGAAUUACGUGACAGGCACUAGAUGAUUUACUGCUCUCCUUUCCACGCUCUUCACCCCCGAACUCCCUCGGUUGGGAGUAUAAAAGCCGCGAAUUUCGUACGGAAAGCGAGAUUUUGCCUCCUCGUCUCGCGCCGAAAGGUCGUUGGACAUAAUUUAUAUUAGCACGAAAAGACUUAGAAUAUUUUCGCGUGUUGAGCAAAAGACUUAAAAUAUUUUCGCGUGUCAAGCAAAAGACUUAGAAUAUUUUCGCGUGUCGAAUAAAAGACUUAGCAUAUUUUCGAUUCUCGAAUAAGAACUUAGAAUAUUUUACCAAGUUAUAGCAUUCAAGAUAACCGGUAACACCAGAGAAGGCAAAUUCUCCCUCACACGAUUAAUCCGUUCCAUUAUUUUACAGAUAGCGAUUUCCGAUCGCCGUGAUUGUGCGUGCGUGUGAGUGUGACCGAGAGUGAAAUCAACAAGUUGUAAAGGUGCGAGUUCUCUCCCUUCUUCUUAUUAUUAAAGUCAUUAUAGUUGUGAUAAGCGAGUUCUUUUCUUUUUUUCUUUGUGCGUUCCGUUCUCUAAUCGUGGAGUGUCAUGCGACAGUGGUGGUGCUUCGGUCUUUCGUGAAAUAUAACUUCCUCUCACAGACAGUGAGAGUUGUGAACUUGGCGCUGAGCUGUAGUUCCGUGAGGAACUCGGUGGCUCCCGUCACACGCAAAGUGAGCGUGUUCGCGUUCUCUCGCGGCAAUUGGGAGGAUCGUCUGCCUCGUUCACUUAUCUCUCUCUGUCGCUUUCCUAUCCUCUCGAGAACAAACAGCCAACGGUGCGGGAAGGUGCGCGCUGGAAAGUGUACACCUUCCCGCACCGUUGGCUGUUUGUUCUCGAGAGGAUAGGAAAGCGACACCCUUCCCCGUCAACCGGUCCUGCGAAAGUCGGAAGACUCUAGCGUGGGCGCGAGAUAGUCGGCGCGCGUUCGCGUUCCGACAAAAUUGACAGCACCGGAGCGGACGCCGAACACGGUGCCGCUACCUUACUAGGCGCCUCCACCCGAACUCAUGGUGUGAGGUAUAUGUCCCUCGAUCCUCAUUCUAUUCACGCCUCCUGGUGAUCCAGCGUGCUAGACUUCGUCGCGCAAAGCACCAAUCGGUCGCGCCACCCGCUAGCGUAUUCUUACGGAAAUAAAUUCUUACCUUACAAAUUAAACUUCGCGAAACUGAUUUCCAAUUAUAAGAUAUAAAAUAAAACCGAGAGAACUAAGAAAUGGCAUUCUUCCCUGCAGAUAGGAAGAUCUAGGCGCGGCGGCAGAAAGGUUCAGCUGAGGCGACUGUACGCCGAGUUGGUGGAACACGGGGAGUUUGACCCCCGUGUUUUUGACCGACCACUGCCGGUAGCUCUGACAGCACCCCCGCCUCAACCAUUGCCUUCGCCGCGCGACCUUUUUCGCCCAACAUCCGUUCCGGGCCCUGCCUAUGCCCAAGAGAGUACGACUUUCGGAUUCUCACCACGCGACUACAAAAGGCCCACAAUUAUAGAAGACAGGAUGGUCGCCUCAGACACAGUCAUCAAAGCCACCAUUUCUCUAAUAGAAUUUGAAUAAAUUAGUCAGAAAAAGAAUCUGCCAGGAAUUUUUAUUUUUCUUUCCCGCUGUUCCUCGCGAUCUCUCUCCGUUUCCGCUCGGCGGAGUAGAGAAUAAUAGAAAAUAAUAAAAUUCAAUAGGAAAUACGAACGACGCGAUCCUUGACCCCGCCGGACGUAACACCAAAGAAAAUUAAGAUUCUGAUAUUUGUUUUAGUAUAAAUAAUAACAAUGCAAUAAAUCAUAAAGCUUGGUAUAUUGAUUCUGGCGCAACCAGUCACAUGACCAGGGAUAAGAGUUUUUUUAUAAGCUUUCGCAGUUACAGUAAUGAAAAUUUAAAGUUAGCUAAUGGCGAUUAUGUUGAAAUUUAUAGUAUUGGUAAAGGAGAUAUAAUUUGUUAGGAUAAUAAAGAAAAAUGUACGAAUGUUACUGUCAAAGAUGUACUGUUUGUUCCUAGUCUAGAAGAGAGCUUAAUAUCAGUAAAGAGAUUGACAGAAAGACAAAUGCAAGUCAAUUUUAAAGAGAACAAAUGUUAUAUUGUACAUGCAAAUACCGUCAUUGCUGUAGCUGAGCUAAAUGGAAAUCUAUAUAAAUUAGAGAAUGAUAAUAAAGUUUUAACUGUCACUAAGGAACACAAUGAAGACUGUCAACAUCAAUGGCAUCGAAAAUUAGGUCGCAGGGAUGUUGAUGCAAUAAAGGAAAUGGCAAAUAAAGGAACUGUCGAAGGCAUUCGUAUCAAAGAUUGUGGAAUCAAGGAAGUCUGCAAAACUUAUUUAAAAAAAAAGAUGACCAGGAAUACGUUUCAAAGAAAUCGACAAAAAAAUCUAAAGCAAUUCUGGAUUUAGUUCACACAGACGUUUGCGGUCCUAUGCAAACAAAGACACCAGGUAAGAGAAGAUAUUUACUGAUAAUAAUUGAUGAUUACAGUCGGUACACGAUUGUGUAUUUGAUGGCGAACAAAUCUGAAGUUCCUGACAAGAUUCAAGAAUACAUACGUUCAGCAAAAACCAAGUUUAACGUCAUACCAAAGGUUAUUAGGUCGGAUAAAAGAAAAGAAUACGUCAAUCAUCGACUUCAAGCAUUGUUUAAGUAAAAAGGUAUUGAGGCUCAAUAUAUUGUCACUUACGCUCCCGAGCAAAACGGUAUAGCAAAACGUAAAAACCGAUCCUUACUUGAGAUGGCCAGAUGUUUAUUAAUAAAUGCUGGGUUGCCCAACAAUUAUUGAGGUAAAGCCGCCAAUACAGCAAACAAUUUGCAAAAUCGUUUGAUAACUAACGCAAUAUAGAUGCCACGCCAAUACAAAAAUGGAGUAAUAUUAUACCAAACUUGAAGAAUAUUUGGAUCUAGAGUGUAUGCACACGUUCGAAAAGAAUUAAGAACAAAGGUAGAUAUUAAAGCAAGAGAAUUUAAAUUCAUGUGUUUUACUGAGGAUGCAAAAGGUUAUCGCCUACUGGACCCGUCUAAAGAUAAAAUAAUAACUAGCAGAGAUGUUAAGUUUUUAAAUAAAUACGAUUGUAUUCAGGAAGAAAUUACAAAAGAUACCGACACAACAAUCCAAGCUAAUCAAUUUGACAUUGUUUCUCAAAAUACAGAUAAAGAAGAACCACACAUGAUUGAAACAGAAUCAGAUACGAUUCAACAAGAGCCUCAGGUAACGGAUCAUUUUGAUGACGAUGAAGUGGAGAUCAUGGGCAAAAAAAUUUUUAAUGAUAUACUUGAAAAAAGAGGUCCAGAUCGUCUCAAAAUUGUUAGUACAGGAUCAAGAGGUCGAUCGAAAAAAGAAUACCAUGCGUCAAAGUUUACGACUCCAGAAGUUAGUAUGUUUGCCGAAGUUUCAGUAAGAAAAGCCAUUUUCAGGAACUAGAAAUGAACGAAUGGUAUAAUGCUAUGGCAACGGAAUUAAGAUCCAUAAAGAACGACGUGUGGAAAUUGGUCGAUCGAUCAGAUAAUAAAAAUAUUAUUAAAAGUCGUAUAAUGCUGACAAAUAAAUAUCAAUCUGACGGAUGUCUACAGAAAAGAAAAGCAAGGAUUGUAGCUCGUGGAUUUAGUCACCGACCAGGUAUAGAUUUUGACGAGACUUUUGCCUCUGUUGCCAGAUUGAGCUCAAUUCGAUUAGUAAUGGCGAUUGCAGCGCAUUACAAAAUGCAUAUUUAUCAAUGCGAUAUUACAACAGCUUACCUAAAUAGUGUUAUCAAGGAAGAAGUUUAUAUGGAAAUAUCAGAUUUUCUGGAAGAGGCUCUAGAAAAAUUAAUAAGUCUCGAGAGUCAUAAAAGCAGUAUUAAACUUAAAGCUAUUGAAAUGCUAAAACAAUUAAGAGUGCGACGUUACUACCUUCUACGUCUGCAACCUCAUCGUGUAUUGACGCAUCUAUACAGGUGGAAAGCGAAUAUAGAAAAAGAUGGAACAAAUGCAGAUAAAGUUGCUUUUAUUACGAAAUACGUACUGCAAAAAUUUGAAGAAGCUCGUGAAAGAAGAUCUAUUGUUCAUGACAUGAAUUCAAGGGCCUUGGAAAUAGAUCUACCUGAAUUUAAGGCAAGUAAAUAUUGGAUUUGGAAAUUUAAGAAUGUGCAUGGAAUUGUUUCGCGCAAAAUAACGACAUUCAGAACGCCAUUUAUGCUUGAAAAUAUUAAUAAUAAACAAGAUAUCGCAAAAUCGUUUGUUUCAAACGUAAGAUCUAACAUCCCAACCAUCAGAGUUGAAAAUGCAGAUGAGAGUAGCUUUUCAACCUUGAAAUAUAUUCUGGACGAACAUUGACGCAAUUAGGUGCAAAAAUAGUUGAAGCAACGGUUCAAUCGGUAUCUUCUGCGAUACAUAAUUACACUAUAAUGCCGAUUAUUUUGACAAGCGGACGUCUUUUUUCAUCACUGUACAUGGUUUUAAAGAAAUCCACAGGAACAUUUGGUCCAAGAAUGCAACAAACUCUUCUUCGUCCAGUUAAUAUUUACAUUCAAGCUUCAAAAUUAGGAAAACUUACAUCUGAAGAUUUCAAAACUUGCAGCAGUUGAUUUCACAAGACAAAGGCGUACAAUUUUUAACUAUUCCAAAAAAGACGACGGGCCUCAUUCAGCCUUUAGAUGUGUUCGGAUUCCGGAUUUGGAAAAAUUUGGUGCGAACAUUUUCAGAUAAUAUAAUUCUUCAAGAGAGAGAUGUCAAUUUGCACUCCCGUAACGAAAUAGUUAAAUUGCAAUCAUUAACAUAAUCAGCUUUCUUCGCCUAGAUUUAAAAAUCUUUUCCAACAUGCUUGGUUUAAAAGCGGAGUAAAAAUACAUCCCCACGAAUUUCAAAAUAUUGUAGAGUUCUAUUUCUAUUUACAAAAUAAAAAGCAUAUACCCAAAUGUAGUUGUUGAGGAUCGAGCGUACCGGAUUCUCUCCGUCGAGCGGGAGGCCUUUGCUUGUUCCGCGCAAAACAAGAUUGUGGCGCGAAAAUCGAUGGCGCUAAUCCGAUGUCAAUAACAUUGCUUUAUAUGGGCAUUUCUUCGCCACUUUCACGUUCGGAGGGGCGAUAGCGAUCCACGGAAAGGGAGGGCCUCCGCUUUCUCGGGGCGUUUUGCGAGCGUUUUUCGCGCCCUGCCGCCAGAAAUCGCCGAGUCAGUACCGCGAUCGGAUCGCUGUCGCCCUCCGAGUUCGUACGCUUGCAUUAUUUUCUCAUAUUCCGCGUGCUCGCGCGAGAUCCCGGCGCUGAGCCCACUCUCGCUCGGGCGAAUUGUGCAGCGAGCGCGUCUCCAAUUGAGUUGAGAUUUAUUAUAUUUUUUUUAUAUAUAUUUUUUAAUUAUACGUGAAGUACUAACGUCCUUGAGUUUCUUUUACUUUCCCGUCACUCCGCGCCAUUCUUGUUCCCGCACACGCCACGGUCGUGAACAGUAGUGUUUGUGGGAUAGCCGCUUUUAUGCGCUGUGCAUGAUUUCUGUUUUAAACAUUCAAAUGAAGAAUAUCAUUAUUGUACAAAUUAUAAUCCGUAAUUUACAAAAUAGUUAACCAUAUCCGCAUUCUGUAAAUCAGAAAGUUAUCAGUGCAUUAUGUAGUUUUGCGUCAUUUAAUAUUAAAAUAGAGUUUUAAUAUCUUGUUUAUUGAUUUGCAAAAUUAUACACUAAAAGAAUGAAUAUAUAAAUGUUAUUAUUACAAUAAAAUAAUAAAUAACAUUUAUUGUUAUUAUGAUUUAUGCAUGUCACUCAUUAGUAUUAAUUUGUGUUAAUUUGUUUUUCUUAUAGUUGUAAGUAUAUACUGAUCGAUUUAGCUAUCUGAAAUGUAUGUUAAUAUAUAUAUAUAAUAAUAUAAAUAAUUUAAAUAUUGCUUUACAAAACCAUUUUUAAAUUAAAAGUGCUAACAAUUUUUAAAAAAUUACUUUAGAUACAAUUUUUUUGAUAUCUUACUUUUUGACAUUUAUUCCGCAAAUACAAAGUCUAUAUUUUUUACAAGGUAAUUUUUUUAUAUUGUAGUAUUGUCGUUGUGUUUGUCAAGAAUUGAGUGCUUAUACGAAUAGCAUAUGAAUAGUUUAUAUAAGGAUGGCAUAUAUGCGGAAACGUUUGUAAUUAUUUCUCGAAAAUGAUUUAUUGAAACAUAAAUCAAUCAUAUACGGUUAAAUUGAAAAAAAUCUGUAAUUUAAUGUAAACA